CCGUCGUUAUACGAAAUAAUAAUAAUAAUAAGAUUAGACAAAUGACAAUUUUACAUCAGUCAAACUUGAAAGUGUGCACAAAAUACUCAACGCUGAAUCGUAUAUAAUUAUUUUCGUAUCGUAACAAUUUUAGUUUCGUUUGUAUUUUGGUUAAACUUUUAUUUUUUGACAUAGUAUGUCUGGCGAGGAUGAACAAGAGGUUAUUCCCGACACCCUUGAGGAAGCCGGCGCUUUGGAAGCGGAUGUUGGCGCUACGUUCGACCAGAAGUUGGGGAACAUCGAUCCUCGGCUUCAGAUCGACGUUGACCCAUUUGCUCACAAGGAUCUCCGUGCCGAGAUGAUGUUUAUCCGCGAGGAGUUGCGUUCUGCCAAGUGGCAGACUCUGGCUGUCCGUCGAACAGCAUUAAAGAAGUUGUUGUUAAGGGACUUCUUGCAAGAAGAUUGUGAGCUAAGGAACAUCGGUCUUGCAUACGCACACAUUGAUCCUUAGAGCCAUUAUUUGUUUGUUGUUUCCGGUACCUUGAAUAAAACAUUGAUGCUAU